GAUGAUAAAACGAUUUUCUUUACGGUCACCAAAGUACAAAAAGAAUCAUAAAAUCCUCAUCAAGUCUCCUAUAUAAACAUCUCCACUCCUCAACGAUCCAUCUAUUAACUAAAAACGUUCCAAAGGGACAAAGAUCACAAACAAAUGUCUUUUGGAUCGGUCCCUAUCGUGGCCGCGGUGGCCAUACAACUCCUCCUUAUACCCAGCGUUGUUCUGUCUCUUAACAUUACCAAUUUGUAUCUCCACCAUGCAUGCAACAACACCCAAGGGAAAUACAAGCCGGGGAGUUUGUUCGAGAAAAAUCUCAACACUGUCAUCAAAAACAUAUCCACCUUUGAUCUGCACAACGGCUUCGCGCUCGACUCUAAUAUGAAGAGUCCCUAUUUUGAUAUACCUCCCAAUACUGUUUUCGUCACGCUCCAAUGCCGUGGUGACUCCUACGGGCCCAAGUGUCACUCUUGCCUUGCCGAAGCCCUCUCUGGGCUUCGGAAGAAAUGUCCUGGACACAAAGGAGCAACAAUAUGGUAUGACCAAUGUCUUUUGGAUAUUUCUACAGAAAAUUCCAUUAGAACGGCCCUACCGAACAGAGUCCACUACGAUAAUUAUUUGUGUAUAAGCAAUCCAAAAUCCGUGAGCGGCGAUAAGAAGAUCUUCGAAAAGAAGAAGAAGGAUUUCACCGAUAAGCUAUUGUCUGUAGUCAACAAGACGACUGACAGCAACCUCAGGGGGCCACUGUACGCAAAGGGGGAGAUGAUGAUUGGGAAAAAGAAAUUUUAUGGAAUGUUGCAAUGUACGAACGAGUUAUUUGCGAGUGCUUGCUAUGUGUGUCUAGAGUGGCUUGUCUUGGGGCAUCCAUUCUGCUUCUAUGAAGGACAAGGAGCUAGACUAAUGUGUAGAAGCUGUGUUGCAAGGUUUGAGUUUUACCCUUUUCUUAGAACUUAAGACUGUUUUAUGGGAGCUCUUAAUUUGCUUUAUGUUUGAAUAAGUGCUAUAUCAAGGAAUAAAAACAGUCAACCUCUUUGUGGUUAUUUUAUGUAACACAACAUUGUCAUUAUGUAUGGAGAUCGUCUAACUUCUUUUUUUUUUUUCUG